AUGUUGAAAGUUGAAACUUAUGAACUUGUAGUGAUGAAGUCUAAACAACCAUCCGAUUAUCAAAAAUGUAAAAAGAGAAAACUAGAUGAAGAAAAGAGAAAGGUUGAUGUCGGUGCUCUAGAUAAAUUUAUCCACAGACAACCUGUUGAAAAGCACAUUGAAGAACAUGUUGAAGAGCAUGUUGAAGAGCACAUUGAAGAGCAAGAGCAUGUAGAAGUAGAAGAGACAGAAGAGCAUGAGCCUAUUAAAGACCUUAUAUAUAUAUAUAUAUAUGAUCCAAGAAGGUGGGAAAAACUUAAUUCGGAUGAGAUUAAAAUUUUGGUUGAGAAAGGUCCUAAAAGAGAUAGUAGUAUUAUGUAUGGUCCCUACGAUAAACUUGGUAGACAAUUUUCUGUAGCUUUGUAUACAAGAACUUUAUCAAAUUUGGAGAAGCAUGGUGAAGGUUAUGCAGAUUGGCACCAUGUUACCACUAGGGUUAAAGAACACGAAAUUUCAUUGGAUCAUCUUACAAAUAGGAAUAAGUGGUUUGACAUGCGUAAAAGAUUGAACUUGAACGAAACAAUUGAUAAAGUUCAACAUGAGCAAUUCAAGAAAGAAAGAGAUUACUGGAAACAAGUGCUUUUAAGAAUUAUUGCAGCAGUGAAGUUUCUUGCUAAACAUAAUUUAGCAUUUCGUGGAUCCAAUGAAAAGUUGUAUAAAAAAGGUAAUGGAAAUUUUUUGGGUGUCAUUGAAAUGUUGGAAGAGUUUGACCCGGUUAUCAAAGAGCAUGUGCGACGGAUCACAAGUGAAGGGCUUCAUGUGCAUUAUCUUGGCCACCUAAUCCAAAACGAACUAAUAUCUUUGAUAGCUGAAGAAAUUAAAAAAGAACUUAUCAAGAAGAUAAAGGAAGCAAAGUACUACUCAAUCAUACUUGAUUGUACUCCCGAUUCAAGUCACCAAGAACAAAUGACUAUAAUAGUGAGGUAUUUAAAGUUAUCAUAUAAUUCUGUUACUAUCGAGGAGUCAUUUUUAGGUUUUUUGAAUGUUGAUGAUACCUCCGGAAAAGGAUUAUUUGAUAUUACACUUGAGGAGUUAAAGUCUCUUGGUCUUCAAAUUGAUGAUAUGUGUGGUCAAGGCUAUGAUAAUGGGGCAAACAUGAAAGGAAAACACCAAGGAAUUCAAAAGAGAUUUUUAGAUAUAAAUCCUAGAGCGUUUUACACUCCUUGUGGUUGCCAUUCUCUUAAUCUAACAUUAUGUGAUAUGGCUAACAAGUGUAUUAAAGGAAAGAACUUUUUUGGAUUCAUCCAACGUAUUUAUACUAUCUUUGCAAAUUCUACUAAGAGGUGGGAAAUUUUGAAAGAUAAUGUUAAAGCUUGGAGUCUUAAGUCAUUGUGUCAAACUCGUUGUGAAAGCCGGGCUGAGAGUGUAAAGGCGAUUAAACUUCAACUUGUGGAUGUACGAGAAUCUUUACUUCAAGUUGGAGAAAAAGAUAAUGAUGUUAUAAUUGCAAGUGAAGCAACUUCACUACCAGAAAAAGAACUUGGUGACUUUGAAUUUUUGGUAUCAACUGUUGUUUGGUAUGAAGUACUAAACCAUGUGAAUAUUGUGAGUAAGAAGUUAAAAUCAAAGGAUAUGCAUCUUGAUAAUGCUAUUACAGAAAUAAACAAAUUGAUUGGGUACUUCAAGGAUUAUAGAGAAACUGGUUUUUCAAAAGCGAUUGUUGAAGCUAAGGAGAUUGCUAUUGAAAUGGGUAUUGAUCCAAUAUUUCCACAAAAGCGUUUGAUUGAAAGGAAAAAAAGGUUUGAUGAGAGUUCAAGUAGCGAAGAAGUUUCAUUUACACCUGAAGAGAAUUUCAGAGUCAAUUAUUUCUUAUACAUUGUUGAUCAAACUAUUUCUUCUCUUGAGACAAGAUUUGAACAAUUCAAAGAGUAUGAUAAAAUGUUUGGUUUUUUAUUUACACAAAAUUUGAGGGGAAUUGAAGAUAAAGAUCUUAAGUUAUAUUGUCAUCGUCUUGAAAGAGCACUCAAGUUUGAAGAAAGAUCGGAUAUUGAUGCUGAGGAACUUUAUACGGAGUUGAAAUUAUUUGAGACAUUGGAAACCAAUGAAUUUAUCAAACCUAUAGAUGUUUUGAAGUUUUUGAAAGAACUUGAUUAUUUCCCAAAUGCAAGCAUUGCAUAUAGAAUAUUGUUGACUAUUCCAGUAACGGUCGCAUCUGCAGAAAGGAGUUUUUCCAAAUUAAAAUUUGUGAAAUCUUACCUACGCUCCACAAUGAGCCAAGAAAGACUUAGCGGUUUGACGAUGAUAUCUAUCGAGAACGAAAUCUUAGAGAGUAUAGACUACAAAGAGUUGAUCAACCAAUUUGCAAUCAAGAAUGCUAGGAGAGCUUUAAGGAUCGUCGAUUAG